CCCAGCGCCUCUACUUCCAUCACUCAAAACUAACUCUUCGAGGAUAAUUCGACAUUUAAAUCGAACAUACCUACACAACAAAAUGUCGGACGGAGAAGAGACCCAGUCCAACCCCCCCGUUGCCGCCGAUGAGGUCGAGGUUUCCGCUGACGCUGGCUCCGGCCAGAUGUCCGUCCUCGACGCUCUCAAGGGUGUCCUCCGCAUCUCCCUGAUCCACGAUGGUCUUGCCCGUGGUCUGCGCGAGGCUGCCAAGGCCCUCGACCGCCGCGAGGCUCACAUGUGUGUCCUCAACGAGGGCUGCGAGGAGGAGGCCUACAAGAAGCUGGUCGUCGCUCUUUGCUCCGAGCACAAGAUCCCCCUGAUCAAGGUUCCCGAUGGAAAGAUGCUCGGCGAGUGGGUCGGUCUCUGCACCCUUGACCGUGAGGGUAACGCCCGCAAGGUCGUUAACUGCUCUUGCGUCGUCGUCAAGGACUGGGGUGAGGACAGCCAGGAGCGCUCCGUCCUCCUCAACUACUUCCAGACCGAGCAGUAAAUGCGCCUCUAGCCCAAUUUCAUGGAUUAGGUCGUUGCUGUCGAUCUAGGAGGGAUGGACGCCUCUAGGUGCUCGCUCAAUGAGGGAUAUUCGCUGAUGGGCGAUUGCGGAGGAUUUUGAGGGAUCUGUUCAAAUAUGGUCUGGCCGCUACGGCUAGUCGGACUUGUUGUUUGUGGUAUUCUGGAAAUUCUCGGUGUCUGUUAGCAGACUCUCUGUGCUAGACCCGUUUGCUCGGGUGUGGUACUGUGGCAUCUGGGCGGCUAUUAUCUACUGGACAAAAACACGAUGAUGUGAUGACAACUUUUCUUCGGUCGUAGAUUCCCAGUAAACUAGAAGGUGCAUGAGUAGCGAACGACCAUUUUUGUACUCUUGCCUGGACAAUCAUGACAAAGUCUGUUUUCUUGAGUGCCUUGGGCCUCGCUCGCAUCACCUCACUAGUCCUCGCAUCAUUUUCAUGGCCGAUGGCAGCAUGUCGUACUUGAGAGUGAUUCAAUUCCAACAGCAUUGAUUGUCUCGACACAAGCCCGGGG